CCUCUACUUGAGUUGAAUAUUCAGAGAGGAAGCGAAAGGGCUGUAGGAGGCUGCCUUUUUUACAUGUACGUGUCUUGGAAUAUCCUUAGCCAGUCUAUUUUCUAAGGAUAUCUUUUCCCCAAAUCCUGCUUGAAGGACAGCAACUAGAAAAGGACUGAAGGAGUCAGGCAUGUGGACAUUGAAAGGAGGACUACUCUCCAGCAGAUUUUUUCCAGGCUAUCACUAAACAACUGAACUAUAGUCGCAGCCGCGCGAUGAUUGUCAUGUAAGUCGGAAGCCAUGGCCAGCAGGAAACACCAGAGCGCCACCAGCAGCAUGCUGGAUCUCAGAUCGAGGUCUUGCCCGCCGCCCUCUCACGACAAGGAAUCCGAGAGCGGAGAGGCCGAGCUGCCCGGGGGGGGAUACGUCACGGAGGAAGCGGAGCGGCCUGCCACUGGGACGGAGAGUCCCAUCCCGGGAGAGAACCAGUGCAACGAUAACAGCGGCGACGGCGACUCCAGCUCCGACUACGUGAACAAUACCUCCGAAGAGGAAGACUACGAUGAAGGCCUCCCAGAAGAGGAGGAAGGGAUCACGUACUAUAUUAGAUACUGUCCCGAGGACGAUAGCUACCUGGAGGGAAUGGACUGCAAUGGGGAAGAGUACAUCCCCCACGAAGAGCGCAGCGUGGAAACCGACGAGUGCCAAGAAGCCGUCGAAGAAUGGACGGAGAACAAACGUCAGCGCCCCGGCGAGGGCGACGAGGGAGACCGGCGAGGCUACCAAGAGGACCGCGUUCAGGUUCUGGAGGAUGAGGCGUCGUCUUUGGAGUGCCAAGACCCGGCGGAAAACGUGCAGUACUGUCCGAGUGAAGGAAAUUAUCGGGACUAUUACCCCUCCGAAGCCAAUGGCAAUUCGAACGGAGCGUCGCCUUAUCACUCCGGAAAAGAUGACCCCGAGCUGGAAGAACAGGAAGAGGACAUCGACCAGAUCGUAGCAGAGAUCAAGAUGAGCAUGAGUAUGAGCAGCAUCAACAGCACGGGGGAAAUGAGUCCCGAACACGUGGCGACGGAGGACAUGCCAAAUGACUAUAAAGAGACUUGCCAACAAGGAGAGGCUGGGCUCUGUACCAGCAGGCAUGAAGGAAGGCCCAAGUCCCUGAAUCUUCCCACUGCUUCCAAACAUACCACGGAGGCCCAGAGGAGCUUUAAAACGAAAGCCAGGACUCCAGAAGAGAGGCAGAAAUGGCCACAAGAACAGGUUUGCAACGGUUCAGAGCAGCCAAGGAAACAGCAACGCUCGGAUCUGAAUGGACCUGUGGACAAUAACAAUUUAACAGAGACAAAGAAGGUGGCUUCCUUUCCAAGUUUUGUUGCAGUUCCAGGCCCCUGUGAACCUGAAGAUCUCAUCGAUGGAAUCAUCUUUGCAGCCAAUUACCUGGGUUCUACACAAUUGCUUUCAGAAAGGAACCCUUCCAAAAAUAUCCGCAUGAUGCAAGCACAAGAGGCAGUCAGCCGUGUCAAGAGGAUGCAAAAGGCUGCUAAAAUCAAGAAAAAAGCGAGUUCUGAAGGCGAUGCCCAGACCCUUACUGAAGUGGAUCUUUUCAUCUCCACCCAGAGGAUUAAAGUUUUAAAUGCAGACACCCAGGAAACGAUGAUGGACCAUGCUUUGCGCACAAUCUCCUACAUUGCAGACAUCGGGAACAUCGUUGUGCUCAUGGCCAGGCGUCGAAUGCCCAGAUCAGCUUCUCAAGACUGUAUUGAGACAACACCCGGUGCCCAAGAGGGGAAGAAACAAUACAAGAUGAUCUGCCAUGUCUUUGAAUCAGAGGAUGCCCAGCUGAUCGCUCAGUCCAUCGGCCAGGCCUUCAGUGUGGCGUACCAGGAAUUUCUGCGGGCCAAUGGCAUCAACCCAGAAGAUCUGAGUCAAAAGGAAUAUAGCGACAUCAUCAACACUCAAGAAAUGUAUAAUGAUGAUCUCAUUCAUUUCUCUAAUUCAGAAAAUUGCAAAGAGCUGCAGCUAGAGAAGCAGAAGGGGGAGAUCCUGGGGGUGGUGAUUGUGGAAUCGGGCUGGGGCUCCAUCCUCCCGACGGUCAUACUGGCUAAUAUGAUGAACGGAGGCCCCGCAGCCCGCUCUGGCAAGCUGAGCAUCGGAGACCAGAUCAUGUCCAUCAAUGGGACCAGUUUAGUGGGUCUUCCUCUUGCCACGUGCCAAGGGAUCAUCAAGGGUCUGAAGAAUCAGACGCAAGUGAAAUUGAACAUCGUCAGCUGUCCUCCCGUCACUACUGUCCUCAUAAAGCGGCCAGACCUGAAAUACCAGCUGGGCUUCAGUGUGCAAAACGGAAUUAUCUGUAGCCUGAUGAGAGGCGGGAUAGCGGAGCGAGGAGGGGUUCGAGUUGGACAUCGUAUUAUUGAGAUCAAUGGGCAGAGUGUGGUGGCCACGGCCCAUGAGAAGAUAGUCCAAGCUUUGUCCAAUUCUGUGGGAGAGAUUCACAUGAAGACGAUGCCCGCUGCCAUGUUCAGGCUCCUCACCGGGCAGGAAACUCCCCUCUACAUCUAGCUUGCGGCUGGUUUUCGGCAACGAACUGAAGGAGAUUCUUUCAACUUUCCACCCGAGCUGGGCUCUGCACAGUGUAAGAAAGCCGACGUUUUGUAAGAACGAGUGGCCGAGGACAGGACCUGAAGAUCUAGCCAACUGGGUGAACAGGCUCCACGGUGUAUGUGUGAGUGUGUGUUUGUCCCUCUUCUUCUUUCAUUCUUUUUUUUCUUUAUGCCAAAAAAGGGAUAUGUCAAGAUGGCAGUUCAACACACCAUCUUUGUAAAACCGUCUAGGUAUUUUGCAGCGUUUCAUAAUUUUUCUCAUUAUCGUUGACAGAGAUAUUUAUUUGUAACCUCUGCGUGGCGUGCUGUAUGUCUAUCCUGAACUCCAGUGAAUGUGAGUGUGACACGAGUGGGUCUGUGACAGGGUAAAAGGAAAUCUUAAUACUAAGUCAUGGUCGAUUUAAAGAAAACAAACGAAAGCUAGUUCCCGCAGAUUGGUUUUCAAGACUGUUCUAAUUCAGAUCGUGUUUGAUGGUGUAAAAUGUGUGUGAUUCAGCUACUGGUUUCUAAAGAAAACGGUAUCCUUAUGACAAGUAUAUAACUUGUAAUUAAAGUUUGGCAAAAUGUGCAUUGUAAGUACGUGUAUUUUUAAAAAAGGAGCCUUUCCUAUGUUAAAUAAAGAUUGAUGGCCACACCAUUAAAAAAAUCUAAAUAUUUAUUUAGAUAUGUAUUUAUGUUUUGGGAUUUUAAUUUUGACAUAUUGUUCCUUCAGGCUUAAAUAUUCAAAUUCACCAGGAACAGGUCAGCUACUCUCUUCUAUAAUCUGUUCUCCAAUCUAAGAUGUAAUAGUCCUUUUGGUGUAUUCCUUGCUGAUUAAAACCGUGCAGUGCUCACUAUGGGAAAGCCAUGCUUGCCUGUUGCUUCUACUAGAGGAGCAAGGCCACACAAGGUUUCUACCGUCUUUUAUACACAUGUAAAAAAUACAGCAGCCACACCAAUCUCUCCCUCACUUUCAUUCCUGAGGCAACGUGUUACAAACAACAACUGGGAGAGCACCAAACUGACCCAUCAGCAGUAUUGAACUGUGUGUAGAUAAAGUAUGAUACUGGUGUCAAAUUGUAUUCAUUAUUGAGAUAAAUGUUAAUUGAUGUCAUUUUUGUCUUGAUUUUUUUUUUUUUUGGCCCAGGCCUUGAAGAAAAUACACUGUGACUUAAGAAGCCUUACCAUGCAGUAACUAAAGCUUUAAGGUUACUGUACUUCAAGGGGUGACCUAUGUGUUGCAUGCAACUGACCGUAGGAAAGAGUUAAGCUAAUAUCACUAAUAAAUCUAAAGUAAUAAAGAAAA